AUGGGUGGUGAUCCCUGGGGAACUGGUAUAGGAACUCAGUUGUCUCUACCGAUGCAACACCAACAUAAAUUAGAGGAAGAAAAAAUUUAUUUUUUAAUUACCGAGUUAACAAAUCCUGCUAACAGGGAACAGGCUCUUGUGGAGUUGAGUAAAAAGCGGGAACAAUAUGAUGAUUUGGCGUUGAUAUUAUGGCAUUCCUUUGGGGUGAUGGCAGCAUUAUUACAGGAAAUAGUGUCAGUUUAUCCGCUUCUUGUACCACCUCAACUUACAGGCCAGAUAUCCAAUCGUGUUUGCAAUGCUUUGGCACUAUUGCAAUGUGUGGCAAGUCAUAGUGAAACUCGAGGAUUAUUUUUAAACGCUCACAUUCCUUUGUUUUUGUACCCAUUCCUUAAUACAACGAGCAAGACUAGACCCUUUGAAUAUCUUAGAUUAACAAGCCUAGGUGUUAUCGGUGCUCUUGUAAAGAAUGAUAAUCCCGAAGUCAUCUCAUUUUUGUUGUCAACUGAAAUUAUACCUCUAUGUUUGCGUAUAAUGGAAACUGGAAGCGAACUAUCAAAAACUGUGGCUAUCUUUAUUGUACAAAAGAUCUUGUUGGAUGAAAUGGGUUUGGAAUAUAUCUGUGCUACCUAUGAGCGUUUUUACGCUGUAGGUACUGUUUUGAGCAAUAUGGUUAUUCAACUUGUUGAUACACAGGCUGUUCGUUUGUUAAAGCACGUUGUUAGGUGCUACCUUCGCCUCUCUGAUAAUCCUAGAGCGCGGGAAGCUCUUCGACAAUGUUUGCCAGAACCACUAAGGGAUGCUACGUUUUCGCAGGUCCUGAAGGAUGACAUGGUCACCAAGCGUUAUUUGGCUCAACUUCUUUAUAACCUUUCAGAUAACGUGCACCCACGCAAAAUUGCUCCAGUGAGAGCUCCAAGUAAUACCACCGCGAUUCCACAUAAAGUUGCACAAGCGCGUAAAAGAACCGCACUGGAUGAUGUCAGUAAUGUCAGUAAUGUCAGCGAUGUCAACAAUGUCAACAAUGUGUCAACACAAAUAAAACCAUCGGGGAGAAAUGAGAAUAUCAUACAACCACCAAUAAAACCUUUGAUGGGAAAUGAAAAUAUCAUGCAACAGCAAGGAAAACCUUCGUAUAGAAAUGAAAAUAUUAUACAACCGAAAGUAAAACCAUCGAUGGGAAAUGUAAAUAUCAUGCCACCGCAAGUAAGAACAGCGAUGGGAAAUGAAAAUAUCACAAAACCGCAAGUAAUGCCAUUGAUGGGAAAUGUAAAUAUCAUGCCACCACAAGCAAAACUAGCGAUGGGAAAUGAAAAUAUAGUACCAUCACAACAAGUAAAACCAGCGGUGAGCAUGGUAACAAGAAAACGCGCUCUGCUCAUGGAUCGUACGAAUUUCUCAUUUAAACCAACUACUGUCACCGAGAAAGCACAUGAUAACAUAAAGCCCAUAAUAAAAAACGAGAAUUCAAAUUUAAUCUUUCCACCUGUAGAGUUUAAUAAUAUAUCUGAAUUAGAUCGAAAACGUUCCAAGAAACAAAGGAUUCAAGAAUGGGAAGAUUUGGACGCUGAUGAUCUCUACGAUCCUAUGACGGUUUCUGAAUAUGCGGUAGAUAUUUUUAAAUAUCUAAAGGAAUUAGAGAUCGAAACGAUGCCUAAACCUGAUUAUAUGUUAUCUCAAACCGAGUUAACUUGGAGAAUGCGAGGAAUCCUCGUCGAUUGGUUGAUCGAGGUUCAUCAUAAGUUUCGUCUACUUCCCGAAACCUUGUUUUUAGCGGUCAAUAUCAUUGAUCGAUUCCUUUCAGUCCGUGUUGUUUCACUGGUCAAACUCCAAUUAGUUGGAAUUACUGGGUUGUUUAUUGCGGCAAAAUAUGAGGAAGUUUUGGCUCCAUCGGUCAAAAAUUUCAUUUAUAUGGCUGAUAACGGAUAUACAGAAGCAGAAAUCCUCAAAGCAGAACGAUAUGUUCUUACAAUUAUUGAUUUCAAAUUAUGCUAUCCGAAUCCCAUGAACUUUCUUCGAAGAGCCUCCAAAGCUGACGAUUUUGACAUUCAAGCUCGUACCGUUGCAAAAUAUCUUAUGGAAAUUUCACUCGUUGAUUAUAAGUUUCUGUCAUCACCACCUUCAAUGAUUGCUGCGGUUUCUUUAUAUCUCGCUAGAAAGAUGCUUAACCGUACUGAAUGGCAUGCAAAUCUGAUUCAUUAUUCGAUGUAUACUGAGGAUGAACUUCGAAAUUGCGAGAAUUUAAUCCUUCAAUACUUGAUAAAACCUAUCAAAUAUGAGCAAUUAUUCAAGAAAUACGCUACGAAAAGAUUUAUGAAAGCAAGUAUUUUUGUAAAAAAUUGGAUAGCCAAAAACAUAAAAAUAAACUAG